AUGCCUCUUUCAUUAUUUCAUCGAAGCUCACCCAAGUUGACCAAUCCUCUGGGCCAAGCAGACAUUAUAUCUGACGAAAUUAUACCUGGCGACAAGGACAAGAUUGAAGUCGAACUGGAACGAAAUGGGAAUUUCAACGCUCUCCAACGCUAUCGAUAUGUGACACACUGGAAAUACAUCGUGCGUCCCGAUACUGCGCCAGGGCGUCUUGACACAGAGGAGGAUCUCCGGGAAGUCGUCCAGGAAGAGAUGUCCAUUAAGAAUGGCACUGUUACGCCGGAAACCGAGGAGAGGCUCCGUGUCCUUAAUGCUCAAUACUGGCAUUUAUCUCAACAGUGGUGGAGUUCACGUUCAGGUCUAUCGCAUGGACAACUGAGGGCCUUUACUCUAUGGCGGUCACAAAGUGACUGGUAUAUGCACCCGAGCCUCGUGGAAUGCUGUACAGAUCGACAAGGAUGCUGUGCUCGUGGAUGCGGCUGCUGUACCAAUCGUAAGGUUGAUCCAUCACGCAGCCUUGGUAUUGGACAUUGUACAGUUGAAUGUGCAUGUUGCCAAAAAGCGAGAGGCUUUGAAGUGUCCCCUGACGAGAAGAAGAAGCUGAAAGCACAGUUAAAAAUCGAGAUUCCAGAAACGGACUUCUACACGACCAGAAUGAAGCUAGUCUCAAUCUGGGGCCUAUGUGCUAAUGAUUGGGGGGACAAACAUGAUACGAUGAUCGAUGCUCCGCCGAGCUACGGCCAGAUUGAGAAGGGCAGGACAGGUCUGAUGAAACGGCUCCAGGAAAAGAUCCAAAAGUGA